UUUUUGUCUGCCAGGUCUGAGUUGUGGAGUUUUGAAGAAGUGUGAGAGAGCUUGGAAGUUUCUUGGAGCUUUGCUUCCUUUUUCUUUUUUAUUUCUUUGCAUUUGGCUUUCUCUGUAUCAUCACAUCUUCUGCAAGGAGGAAAUGAAGACGCUGGCAUCAGUUGGUCUUGCAAUCCUGUUGCUUACCUUCCUCGCUCUCAGGGUCAGGAAAGAGAUUCCAUCAUGGCUUGCGGCUACAAAACGCAUUGCACAAAGUGCCGGUUGCAAUGACAUCAACCGAAUGGCCCCUUACCCAGCCCAGCCCAUUAAAGGGAGGGAUAGGUAUCGGGUCAUGAUGGAUGUCCGAAAGCUGGAUGUUGAGAAUUGGCUUACGUUGGACAAAAACUAUAUGGAUGAGCAUGUUGUCAGGAGCCAGUUGCUUGCACGAGAGAAACAAAAAGUCCUUCAGUGCCUACCGGAGUCGUACGAAGCGUGCCUUGAGGCGUUAGAGGAGGUGGUCGAGUUUCUGACGCAACGCUUUUCGAACAUGUUCGAUAUGAAGAGACACGGCGAGGAGACGACAGUGUACAAUAAAGUUACGGGCGAAACAUUUGUUUUCGGCGGAGGAAGAAAUGAGCAGAUGGAUCCUCUGGAAAUCGCCGUGAGAUUGACUAUGGAGGACCUCAGCAUCCUAAUGAAGAACGAAGACGGAGAGUAUUACCUGGCUGCGAGCGCAAGUCUCUUCCCUGUUGGCUGGACAGUAGCAGAGCGCAUUGGGUGGACAAUCUCUCAGCUGCACAACCCAGUCCCAUUAUGGCACCAGCAAGUAGCCAACUCGGUUAGCAAGUUUCUCUGCCGCCUCACACCUGAAUCGCCCAUGGAACGAUCCAACUACUUUGUGGAAGUGAAACGACCAGACGAGAAUCUGUUUGAGAUCUUGUACCGUCCCACCACGUUAUCCGAGGACAACCCAGAUCCAUCUCCGCAGGAUAUUGUAGUCCGGCGUGAACGGCAGACUUUUCGCAGACUCCCUCGGACAGGCGCAAUCGUAUUUGGAGUCAAGACGUUCCUAACGACGCUUGAUGAGCUCCCAAUGCAGGAGCUGGAGAAUUUGGCGAGAGAGGUGAAGAGCUGGCCGGAACAUGUGGGUGAAUAUAAGGGCAGGGAGAUCUGGGGAGCAAAAGCUCUUGAGUUCUGUGAAAAGAGACGCCAGCAACAGAUAUGGCAGCAGCAGGAGAAGAACGGCGAGAAAAUGGAGGUCUGACUAGUUCACGUUAGGGAGAUGGAAGAAAGGCGUGAGGAAGGGUGGGAACCUGGGAGGAAGCAGCGGGAAAAGGCGUUCCAUCAUCAUUUGCAUUUUCCCUGGGGUUACAAGUUGCUUUCCUU